AUGCGACGGGACUCACCACUGCUCUCGUUUAUCUCAACUCUGCUUCUAUUCUCAACUUUGAUUCAACUGAUUCCUCCACCUGUGCUUGGGGAUUCUCAAAAUGUCAUGCGUAUGGACAGGGGUGCUUCAGGCGUUAAUUACAAUUACGAUCCCUCUUAUGACGCCUGUGAACAAGAUGAUCCGCUUGGAAUGAUCUCUGGAGCCAUCACCGAUGCUCAAAUCUCAGCAUCUUCCUUCAUGGAUGAAGGCGAUUGGGCUAUAAACAGCUGCUCUCCAAACAAUGCUCGUCCUUUCCUAACCAAUGGUCUGGCUUGGUGCCCAAAAUACAAAUCUUCAACUGAGUGGCUGCAGAUUGACCUUGGAGUUCGAGCUACCAUCACUGGAGUUAUGCUGCAAGGUCGUGGAGACGGUGAGGAAUGGGUUGCGUCCUAUACCCUCUCAUUCAGUGACGAUGGAAUAUUCUGGCGAUUCGCCAAUAAUCACUAUGGCAACCAAAGAAUCUUUGAAGGCAACACCGAUUCGUACUUGGUGAAACACGCAUACUUGGACGAGGCAGUGGUGACCCGAUUCGUCCGCAUCUUUCCCUUCACCUGGAAUCGUCAUCCAAGUCUCCGAAUCGAGCUUAUUGGAUGCCAGCCUUGCCGCCAACUCCUCGGAACCCCUCCAUACGCCCGCUUUGCAGCCUCCACAACACGAAGUAAAAAGUAUGGCAAGACGUGCAGCGCCGAAGAUGGACAUUACUACAGCAAUAAAGCCUGGUGCUCAAAACGACAAAAUGGUAUGCAAUGGUACCAAAUUGACCUGGGACCGCCAACCCUUAUCACUGCAGUUGUUCUUCGACCGCGUGGAGACGGAAAAUGGCAACAAUACGUCACUCUCUUUAAAAUGUCCUACAGCAAUGACAGUCUUCUCUGGUUUUUCUACAAAGACGCUGCUCAUCUAGAUCAAAGAGUGUUCACAGGCAAUACUCAAACGUUGACAGAACGAGUCCACUACUUAUCGGCUCCCAUAGUGGCGCGGUACGUGCGUAUCCAUCCAAUCAGCUGGAGGGGUCGUAUUGCUAUGCGAGUUGGUCUUCUUGGAUGCAGGCAUCGUGGCGCUUGUGAUCCCGGAUUCUUCCGUAUCAAUGACAAGAGCUCUUGCGGUAAGCAGAAGUACUUCUGA